GUGGAAAAGUCGACCCACUCCCCGGUGAGCACCCCAGAAGCGUUUCUGCAGCGCCUGUCCAGCGGCCGGGACCCACCCUGGGACGCUCUGUGGCCGCUGGUCCUCGGAUGUGGGGGUUAUCUUCACAAAGAGCCUCCUGACUUGUCCAGGGAAGUAACAGAGACAAGAUGAUGAGUCCAGAGGAGCCAAAUCGUCCUCAGGACGUGGUGACCUUCCCCGAUGUGGCUGUGAGCUUCUCCCCAGAAGAGUGGACAUGCCUGGAUGCCUCUCAGAAGAAGCUCUACAGAGACGUGAUGCUGGAGACCUACCAGCACCUGCGGGCAGUAGGGCAUUGUGUUGUGAAGCCUGCACUGAUCUCCUGGUUGGAAGGAGGAUCUCUGAGGAGGUUACAAAGAGGCGUGUUUGCAGAAUAUGAACCACAGCUUCAGGAUUUGCCAUUUCAGCAAUUUCAUUUUGCAGCAGGACCAUCAAAUAAGUGUGAAAUGGGAAGCAUCCAGCCCCGCUGGGAUAUGUGUGAUGGUAUACAGCAUGAAAAAGUCUUGAGUAAGCAAUUGUGCCUUAAUGUCGAUGCGAGUGAUGACACUGGAGGGAUCUGUUCAGAAGGGAAACCGAAUGAAGAGAGAUCCCUUGUUCUGAAGAAGCCAUCCCCUGGGCAAAGCCCCCAUGAAUCUAUUCUGCUCCUUCAGUGGACAGACACCCCUCUGAUGGGGCAGCCCUUUGACCUUCACAGUGCAGCAUUGUUUUUAUUGACUUCUUCAAGUCUGCAGGCUCAUAAGCAAGUUCACUACGGCAUGAAUCCAUCCACGUGUAAGCAGUGUGUGUGGGCUUUCCCAUGUUCUAGGCACCACAGUGUUCCCUUAGAAACUCCUCGUGUACAGAAUCCUUAUGAAGGUGAGCACACUUUCAGUCAACUUUCACACCAGCCUGAGUCUAUGAAUGUCCGCACAGGAGAGAAACCUUACACAUGUGAGGAAUGUGGGAAGGUCUUUGCUUAUCCCUCAAGCUUAACGAAGCACAGGAAAAUCCAUACGGGAGAGAAACCUCAUACAUGUCUGGAGUGUGGGAAGGCUUUUGCAUAUUUAUCAGGCCUUACUAUGCACAAGAAAAUUCAUACUGGAGAGAAACCUUAUACGUGUAUGGAUUGUGGGAAGGCCUUUGCCCUAACUUCAAGUCUUACUAUACAUAGGCGAAUUCAUACUGGAGAGAAUCCUUUUAUAUGUAAAGAGUGUGGGAAGGCCUUCAUUCGAUCCUCAAACCUUACCAUACAUAGGCGAAUUCAUACUGGAGAGAAUCCUUUUAUAUGUAAGGAAUGUGGAAAGGCCUUCGCGUACUCUUCAAAUCUCCUUUUGCAUGGCAGAAUUCAUACUGGAGACAAACGUUACAUGUGCCAGGAAUGUGGGAAGGCCUUUAUGGACAAAUCCUACCUAUCUAAGCAUAGGAGAAUUCAUACCGGGGAGAGACCUUAUGUGUGUGAGGAGUGUGGAAAGACCUUUAUGCAGAAAUCCUAUCUUUCCAAACAUACAAAAAUUCACACUGGGGAGCGACCUUAUGCAUGUAGUGAAUGUGGGAAGGCUUUUGUUUCAUCUUCAGACCUCUCGAGACAUCGAAGAAUACACACUGGCGAGAAACGCUUUGUAUGUUCAGAAUGUGGCAAGGCCUUUAUGGAGAAGUCAACACUUUCUAAACAUAGAAGAAUUCACACCGGGGAGAGACCAUAUGUAUGUAAGGAGUGUGGGAAAACCUUCACUCGAGCCUCCAUCCUCAGUAUCCAUAUGAGAAUACACACAGGCAAGAAACCUUAUGUCUGUCAGGAUUGUGGAAAGGCCUUCAGUUAUUCUUUAUCCCUUAUAGCCCAUAGGAUAUUCCAUACUGGAGAGAAGCCUUAUAUCUGUAAGGAAUGUGGUAAGGCCUUUGGCUCACCCUCUGACCUUUCUCGACAUAAGAAAACUCACACUGGAGAGAGACGUUAUGUUUGUCAGGAAUGUGGAAAGGCCUUUAUGGAGAAAUCCUACCUAUCUAGACAUCAGAGAAUUCACACCGGGGAGAGACCCUAUAUAUGUAAAGAAUGUGGGAAGGCCUUUUCCCGAUCCUCGAUCCUUAGUAUCCACAUGAGAAUUCACACAGGCAAAAAACCCCAUGCCUGUCAGGAAUGUGGAAAGGCCUUCAGUUACUCCUUUUCCCUCACAGCCCAUAUGAGACUUCAUACCGGAGAGAAGCCUUAUGUCUGUAAGGAAUGUGGGAAGGCCUUCACCAACUCCUCAAGUCUUAAGCUGCAUAGGAGAUACCACAGAGAGAAACUUCAUACAUAUAAGAAUUGUUAAAGACCUUUGCUUGAGCCUCACAAUUUACUACCUAAAAGAUCUUUGCCAUUAAUGAAUGCUACAGAGAAACCUUUUAUCUGUAAGAAACAAAAGAGGCACAGCCUUUGCUCAAACUCAGUUAUUCUCCCUAUGAGAAUUCACAUAGAUAAAAAGUACUUUGCAUGUCAGGAGUGUGGAAUGAUCUUCUCUAUCUCUUACCUUACUGUACAUAAGGGACUUCACACUUGAAGUAACCAUUACAUAUAUUGAGUCCGGAAUAACCUUUGAAAUGUCCACCAUACUUUCUCCAUAUAUAACAGUUCAUACUGAAGGGAAACCUUAGGCAUGUA